GCGCGCGCCCAGGGCAAGGGGGGCUUGGCCGGGCGCGCGUCCCCGAGAGGCGAGCGUGCCAAGGCUUGCCAGUCGCGCCCGCUGGCAGCUCGGCUGCAGCCGCCGCCGCCAGCCGCCCCAGCCCCAGCCCAGGCUGGGCAACCGGGGGGCCCGCUUGGAUGCCCCUGCGCUGGGGCGGGCAGCGCGCUGAGCCGGGGCAGGGGCCAGGGCCGGGCGCAGGAGGAGGAGGAGGAGGAGGAAGAAGAAGAGGAGGAUGGAGCCCCCGGCGCCCUUCCUCGACUCGGGCGGGGGCGAGCUCGCCGCGCCCCCCAGCCUGGCUCCCGUGGCCUCGGUGGCCCCGGCGGUGGCGGCCUCCGGGGGUCCCCUGCGCGCUCCCCCCGCCGUGGCCGCCCUGCGCCCGGCUUCCCGCCACGGCAGCCAGCCCAACGUCAGCGGCGAGCCCGGCUGGGCGGCUCCGGGCCACUCGCCCAGCUCCAGCGGUGGAGGCGGCGGCGGCGGCGGCGGUGGCGCGGCCAAGCACCGGCAGGCGAGCCCGCUGGCGCACCGGCGGGACAGCAACCCCUUCACCGAGAUCGCCAUGAGCUCGUGCAAGUACAGCGGCGGCGUCAUGAAGCCGCUCAGCCGGCUCAGCGCCUCCCGUCGGAACCUGCUCGACGCCAACCCGCCUCCCGCGCCGGCUCCGGCUCCGGCUCCGGGCCCCGACGAGGCGCAGCCGCUGCAACUGCUGGUGGCCGGCGCGCCUCCGCCGCCGGAGAUCGUCAUCUCCCGGGAGGACAACCACUCGCCGGCGGGGCUCCUGCACGCCAACGCGGGCGAGGGUCCGGCUCGCAAGGCGCCCCCCACCUCCGCCGGCUCGGCCUCCUCUUCCUCCGCCGGCGGCGCCCCCAGGCCGCCCCCCGCCAAGGCGCCCAAGCGCAAGAACCAGAACCUCGGCUACCGCCUGGGCCACCGGCGCGCCCUCUUCGAGAAGCGCAAGCGGCUGAGCGACUACGCGCUCAUCUUCGGCAUGUUCGGCAUCGUGGUGAUGGUCAUCGAGACGGAGCUCUCCUGGGGCUUGUACUCCAAGGGGUCCAUGUUCUCCCUGGCCCUGAAGUGUCUCAUUAGCUUCUCCACUGCAAUUUUACUGGGGCUGAUUAUUGCGUAUCACACCCGGGAAAUCCAGCUCUUUGUGAUCGACAACGGGGCCGACGACUGGCGGAUCGCCAUGACGUACGAGCGCAUCCUGUACAUCAGUCUGGAGAUGCUGGUUUGCGCCGUGCACCCCAUCCCGGGCGAGUACAAGUUCUUUUGGACCGCCCGGCUGGCUUUCUCGUACACGCCUUCCCGGGCGGAAGCCGACGUGGACAUCAUCCUGUCCAUCCCCAUGUUCCUGCGCCUCUACCUGAUCGCCCGGGUGAUGCUGUUGCACAGCAAGCUCUUCACGGACGCCUCGUCCCGCAGCAUCGGGGCGCUCAACAAGAUCAACUUCAACACCCGCUUCGUGAUGAAGACUCUCAUGACCAUCUGCCCCGGCACCGUCCUCCUGGUCUUCAGCAUCUCCCUCUGGAUCAUCGCCGCCUGGACCGUGCGGGUCUGCGAGAGGUACCACGACCAGCAAGAUGUGACCAGCAACUUCCUGGGCGCCAUGUGGCUGAUUUCCAUCACCUUCCUGUCCAUCGGCUACGGCGAUAUGGUGCCCCACACCUACUGUGGGAAAGGGGUCUGCCUGCUCACGGGGAUCAUGGGAGCUGGUUGCACUGCCCUGGUGGUGGCUGUGGUGGCCCGGAAGCUGGAACUCACCAAGGCUGAGAAACACGUUCACAACUUCAUGAUGGACACACAACUCACCAAGCGGAUCAAGAACGCCGCGGCCAACGUCCUUCGGGAAACGUGGCUGAUUUACAAAAACACCAAGCUGUUGAAGAAGAUCGAUCACGGCAAAAUCCGGAAGCACCAGAGGAAAUUCCUCCAAGCCAUCCACCAGUUGAGGAGCGUGAAGAUGGAACAACGGAAACUGAGCGAUCAAGCCAACACGCUGGUCGACCUUUCCAAGAUGCAAAACGUCAUGUAUGACCUCAUCACGGAGCUGAAUGACCGCAGCGAAGACCUGGAAAAGCAGCUGGGGGGCCUGGAGUCCAAGCUGGAGCAGCUGGCCACCCACUUCAGCGCUCUCCCACUGCUGAUCACGGACGCCUUGCGCCAGCAGCAGCAGCAGUUCCUGGCCGCCCUCGUGGAGAGCCGGGGGGUGGGCGUGGGGGUGGUUGGGGGCGCCCCCCAGACGCUCCUCUCCGACAGCCCCCUGGGGGUCAGUUCCACCUCCUUCCCCACCCCCUACACGAGCUCCAGCAGCUGUUGAACGUGGCAGAGGAAGACACCACACACAAAAACACAACGGAAGGCCAAGCCAAAAAACAACAAAACAAAAACAAGAAAAGCCGGGAGGGGCACGAUCGGUUCCAGGAGAGACUCGAACCCAGCCCUGGAAACAACGGAGGAGUGCCAGGUGCUGCGGGAGCCUGGGCCUCAAAUGGUAGGGUCUCGGCUCUGGGCCCUGAGUGGGGUUGGGAUGGGGCAGGGUCUUUUCCAGCCGGCCCCCCCCUCACUGCUGCCGUGUUUGGUGGACACUCGGAAUCCACCUUCAAUCUCAGGUCUUCAAAGUGAAAACAAGCCAAUCAAAGGGCAGCGCUGAGAUGGAGAUGGACGGACGGGGGACCAAUCCACUGUGUGGAUCCCUCGCCACAGGCGACGGGGUUGUUCAACUUCCUUCCUUCCUUCCUUCCUUCCUUCCUUCCUUCCUUCCUUCCUUCCUUCCCCUCCAUUUCCGUUCCUUCUCUUUUCCUUCUUUCCUUCCUUCCCCUCCAUUUCCCUUCCU